CUUUCAUUUGCAGGCCUUUUAUCUUAUCCCCAUCACUUGGGUGGGAGGACGAAGUGGACUAGGGAGUGAGAAAAGAGAAGAAGAUGGCUAUGGCUUACGCUUCGUCGUCGAUGAUGUUGCCCUCCCCUUCGAUUAAACCCUGCCCUGCGCCUCUGAAGAACAGGCAAUUUCUUGGCUUCCCAGUCACAGUAUUUUCCAAGCCCUCCAUUCGGACUACUUCUCUCGCCGGUGGGAAUCGGGCCUUCCAGAUUCGUUGUCAGGACAAGCCCGUUAUUCCCUUGGACCAGCGCUGGAUGUUCGAGGAUUCCGAAGUCAAAGGCCCAGAUAUUUGGAAUAAGACAUGGUAUCCUAAAGCUGCAGAUCACCCGAACAUAUCUAAACCAUGGUAUGUUGUUGAUGCUACUGAUAAAAUUCUCGGAAGGCUAGCAUCAACUAUAGCUGUUCAUAUCCGUGGGAAGAAUCUUGAAACCUAUACACCUAGUGUGGACAUGGGGGCUUUUGUCAUUGUGGUCAAUGCAGAAAAAGUUGCAGUAUCUGGUAGAAAGAGGACCCAAAAGCUCUAUAGGAGGCAUUCAGGAAGACCAGGAGGUAUGAAAGUCGAAACCUUUGAUCAGCUUCAACGGAGAAUUCCUGAAAGGAUUAUUGAGCACGCUGUUCGUGGCAUGCUUCCAAAGGGCAGGCUUGGCAGAGCCCUAUUCACCCAUCUUAAGGUGUACAGUGGCCCAAACCAUCCACAUGAGGCCCAAAAGCCCGUUGAGCUGCCCAUAAAGGACAAGAGGAUACAAAAGGUGAAAUAGACCGGAAGCAAACCUUAAUCAGGAGAACAGCAAGGUUUCUGUAUUUUCCCAGGAGGUUCACACCUUAUCCAUCAUUUUGAUUUAUGGGUUCCCAUUUCUUGUUCUUAAUCCAUGAUCAAAAGCCUAUUCUUCAUUCUUGCUAGUUUAUUUUUUUAGAGGCUUUUGCGUGAAUAACUGGCUUCUCCUUUAUUUUGAGCUCCGAUUUAAAAUCAAAUUGGGAGUUUAUCUUGUA